CAGUUGGCAGAGGGUAUUGGAUAUUGACCAGGUGACUGCCGAUAGCUAGUGGAGGGUGUUGGGUAUUGACUUGAGGGUUGUAGAUAAUUGGUGGAGGGUCUUGGGUCUUGGCUUGGGUGUUGUUGGUUGCUGCUGGCAGGAAACCUGACUGGGUACUCUGUAGGUCAGAUUGAGGCCUCUGAGCCAUGUGGAGAUGCAGGGCAGGGCCAGUCCCCAGAUGCAUUCAACAGCCUGCCACCUGCCUCUCAGCCCCUCCUUCUAGGCACUUCAGUGGCUGCCUGGAAGCCUGUUGGUUUCUCUCUGGAAUUCAGACUCUGUCCCCUGGCAUUUGGAUCUCUCUGCCCUUCUUCUGUGUUUCUUGGUCUCUCCUGCCAUCCACAGGCAGGGCUCAGGGAUUCAGUCUGGCUUUCAGUUGAGGUUGGGGGGAGGUUCCAUGACAGUUGGAGGGGUUCCAGGAGGUUGGCACCUUGGCCAUGGCCUCAGACUCCACCUUAUCGGACCUGGGCUUUUCCUGGGAGGAGGACCGCAAGUUCAUCCUGCGGAGCUGGUCUCUCGUCUUCAGCAUCCUCGCGACCCUGAUGAUUCUCAGCGUGAUGGAUGGGCGUAUGGCCUAUGUGAAGGGACCCUACAAUGGCUACCUGGGCUUCUGGACUAACUGCAGGAGGCACAAGUGUGCCAACCUGGGCCAAGUGACCGUUCUUAUCCAUAUGAGUGAAGGCUUCAUGUUACUGGCCCUGGGGCUGUGCCUCCUCCUCCUCCCUGCCAUGGGUCUCUCCUUCCGCCCCUUCUUCCGCCGCCUGUACAAGGUUGACUUUGUCUUCAGUUCCCUUAGCAUCGGCAUUGAGACACUGUCCAGCCUCUUGUCCGUCUCUGGCCCCAACCCAGGGCUCCUGCUUUUCCUCAGCCUGACGCUCUUUGCAGUCAACUGUGAGACGGUGCAUCCCAGACCACGAAUAUCCUACCAGGUGGCCUUCUACAUGUGCUGGUGUGCCAGUGCCCUGAUGCUGUGGGCCGGAGCCCUGUGCUACUUAAACCAAGUGGGCAUGUGGAGCAGGAGGAUAACCUUUGUGGAGCGGCGGCGGAUGAGCCAGCGCCGGUGGGCCAUACAUCAUUUUGUCCAGAGGUGCGCAUCCAAUCACCGGAACUCAGACAUCAACUCUGAGCACAUCCUGCACCUGCCCAAUUCCCACAGCAUCCAGGAGAGCCCCCAAGUCUCUGCCAGGAAUAGCACCUGAGCUUCUCAAGACACUGACCGGUACCGUGGCCAGAUGCUGGGCCCAGCCCCUUCAGUGUGGCCACAGCCCCGAGAUUACACCUCCUUGAGACCCCACUCCCUGAGACCAGGCCAUGUCCUCCAAGGACAGGUGACAAACCCCGACCAUGGCUGUAGGGCCCACCCUUUGUGGUUCUGUGUCUGUCCACUGGGGCCUCACAGUGCCCCAUUCCGGAAGUCCUAUACCCCUCUCCCGAUCUGUCCCUCUGAGUGUUCAGUUGAGCCCUGCGGUAUGGCUGCUUUGUGUGGCCCCACCCCAGGGUGCCGAGCCCUCACAGGCCAUGCCCUGAACCCACUGUCUGUCCUUUCAGCCAGGGUUGUCUCCAUCAGAACCCCUCUUCCCGGACUUCCAGCCCCGCCCUACAUCCACUCUUGCUCCCAGGUAGACAUGUCACCCUCAGCAUUUGGUGUAGACAGGACCCUGAAGGCGUGGCUUGGGGCUUGCGAUAACAUCCCUUGGCCCCUGUCCUGGCUUCCUCAUCACAAUAAAGAGUGGGGCUAUCCAAUA